UAUAAAUAUGCUUCUGUCACACGUCACAGAUAUGAAAAUUUCAAUGACAUUUUAGUCAGUGUUAUGUUACUUGGUCCGAAAUUGUGUUAAAAUGCCAGUUUUUGUUUAUAAGGUCGAUAUGACCUGUGACGGUUGUGCAAAUCGUAUUCGGAAAAAAUUAUCCGGAUUGAAUGGUCAAGGUUUGGAAGACGUUGACAUCGAUCUAGAAAAUAAAUUAGUUAAAGUUACCGUAAACAACUUCACAGCUGAACAAAUUCUGGCAGAAAUUAAAAAAACUGGAAAAGAGGCAUCUAUUGUUCCUGCAUAGGAAUUAAUUUCUUUUUAUAUAUUUAUAUUGUUUAUUUUUUUUUUUCAUAUG